AGACGAAGAAGAGAUCAAAGGGUUUUCUUGGCUGUGGAUAUCACCAGUUCUCAAGAUCCACCCCCAGUAGUCCUGCUGUUACUGGUGUUGGGUUGUUCCGUUACUUCCAUCUGUUUUUGUUCUCUCGCCGGAGACCCAAUUGAAAGGAGAGCAAGGAAGAGGGUGUCGUGGUCGUUUCCCGAGUAAAUUC